AUGGCUUCUGAACCUCAAAAUUCCGGGCAAAUCGAUCAGAGCCCUCAGCAACGCCGCCAGAAACGUAUUCAGGUGGCUAGAGCGUGUGAUGGGUGUCGCCUUCGCCGCAUCAAGUGUGACAACCAAACCCCAUGCUUGAAUUGUGUGAAAAGAGCGCAAGAAUGCAGCAAUAACGGGAUACGCAAACAUUCCACUCUAACUGAGGCUACGGAAGAGAUUGAGUUACUCAGGCGAAAAGUCAAGCAGCUAGAAGACGAGUUAAAACAGCGGCCCAGAGUCAAUCACAAUCUACCAACACCGACAAAUUCGUCAUCUUCGCCCCAAGCUUUCAUCCCAAGAAAUGACCUUGGAUACCAGUGUAAAAGAUAUUGGGAAGGAACGCAACUUCGACCUGCACGUUCCUCCAAUGAGACAUGGCUGGGUGCAUCGUCGCUCCAAUUCUUCGUUCAACGCCUCAGUGCCUUUCUCACUUCCAGCCUUCAACAAGCUCAUCCAACACAACAACUGCUCCCCAUCUCAGCGAGUGAUAACCAACUACUCGACAGACCAUCAUGUAGAUCUAACAAGGAUCAAGCCAAGCGGCUGAUGUCUUUAGCCGGGGAGGCUCCUGCAGGGGGCAUCUACCUCAACCCAAUACAAGAAGAGUACUUUAUCAACCUCUUCUGGCAGACCUACCACACUGCACUUUUUCCAAUCUUGGAUGAGGCCCAAUUCAAAGACCACUACCAGUCUUUGUGGACCGGCGGCACAGAAAGAGCACCCUCCGCUCUUGUCGACAUCGUGAUUGCCAUGUGUAUGCAAUACGGAAUCUCAGCCCUGCCUUCUGACACACAAGGUUUCCUAGUGGAAGGCAAAGAUGCCCUUGUCGCCGGUCGAUGGCAUUACUGGCGUGGACAGACGCUCCUCACAUACGAACUCGAAAGUCCAUCCCUAUCUACGUUGCAGUGUCACUUGCUUUGCGCAGUGUAUUUGUGCGGCGGAUCCUUCCAUAACAUGAUGGACAAUGCGGUCGGUACAGCCGUUCGCACUGCUUACAUGCUUGGUAUUCAUCUAGACCCUCCGCCUAGCAUGUCAGAUCGGGACCGCGAAAUUCGGAGACGCUUGUGGUGGGCUGUCUAUCUCAUGGACAGCAAGGCUGGAAUGAAGCUCGGCCGUCCUUUUAUGCUACGUGAUUCUCAUGUCAUGCCGGACCUGCCUAAUGAUAGUAUGGAUGCUGCGAGAACAUCGGGGUCUACAUUUGCUCCCAUCGGCGACAACGUGACUUGGCUGAGUUUCAACUUGCACCAAAUCAGGCUUUACAAGAAGACACGGGCGGCUUAUAUCCAUUUCUACGAGCAAGAUCUCCCGCUGUCAAACGGCCAAACUGUUUGGAGUAAUUCUAAUGCCUUGGAAACCAGCGCAGAGCUCUUACCGCAGCAUAUAGAGGAACUUCAGGAAUGGGCCAAUAAUAUACCCGGACCUUUGAAAAUGAAUCGCCAGAAUCAUGGAACACCUCUUUCCACAGAUCAGACAAGUCUGUUAAUCGAGCAAUUUGCGCCUCUUUGGUUACAGCGCCAGCGGGUGCUCCUCGAAGUCACCUACCAUCAUCUCAGCAUUAACCUCUACCGACCAUUCAUUUCUUUCGGCUCACGCCCACGCCCGGGGACUGUGGCAGAAGAUACAGCGAUGCGAUGCGCGUCUCAUGCAAUAACACUGUCGAUAAUCACAAACCAAGUUAUCGCGGAAACAUCCAUUCUCGAUGGUUGGCAUGAAGCUUUCCAUUAUCAGUGGAAUGCUGCAAUGACUCUCGUAGGUUUUGUCGGGGUCUACCCGCGCACUCCGUUGGCCACCGAAGGUAGAAAAGCCAUGGAUCUAGCAAUCUCGGUCUUUGAUAGCUUCGGAGCCAAGUUUGCCGUUGCCGAAAAUGCGGCUAAGAUUAUGCGAGAUCUUUGUACUAAGGUUGAUUUCUUGAUCAGCCGCAGCGAGCUGCAACUUCAUUCUUCUCCUUCCGUGGAUCUUGAGACGGGCUCGGCCUACAAUCCUACCAAUGUCCCAGCUGAGCUCACGUCUAAUGUUUUUGCUACCGGGUCAUGUGGCGGAGGCUUAGGUGUGCCUGGGUCUGACUUGAUUUCUUUCGGAUCGGAAUUCUUUGACAUGGCCGUUGAUGUUGAUUUCUGGAAUGAUCCUGGCAUGCUUUGGCCUGAAUUUGAUAAGCUGGCUGCAUCUUCAGCAUACAUGUGA